UAUUUAUACAGGCCUAAAUUUACAUUUACAAAUAAAGUACACAACUACUGUCAGCUUAGUGUAGUUAAAGGUAAAAUAACACAUUAUUCAAGCACUUACUACUAAAUAUUUCUACUUUUCUCUACUUUAUAAAUUACUACAUAUUCUCCUUUUUAUUCCACUACAUUAAUUUAAAAGCCAUGGUUACAAGUUACUUCAUAGAUGAAUGUUUGACAGACAAAGCAUUUGAUCAGUAAUCAGAAAUAUUUCAUGAGCUGAUCAUAUGUCUCAUAUCAAAUAAAAUGACAAAGUAAGCAAAGCAGUUAAAUACAUAUAGUGGAGUCCAGUUUUCCCUCUGAUGCUCAGUAGAAGUACACAACAUGAUCUGGAGAUACUUCAGUAAAGUAGCCUAGGUAAGCUACGUGAAAACUGUAGGCUGUAAAUAUAGUAUCUGAAUAACGGAUACAUCCCAAACACAACCGUUCACAUCUCGUUAAUAACACAACAUCGAUUAUAUCGACGACGGCACUGAGAUGUAAAAUAAAUCAGCUGCUAAACGCUGUAGCAUCUCCGGGACUACAUUUCCCAUUGUCCUUUGCGCUCCAAGCAGGAAGAACGUUCUCUCGCAGGGGCUCACACUGAUCCAAGUUAGGAGCUUUCAGCUGCCAGCCUUGGCCCAUCAUGUAAGUGCUGCGGAGAAUUCUUUGCAGUGCAAUUGCAAAAUUACCUGUUUUCCCGACGCCCGUGGAGGCUGUGCAAUUGUAACACCGCUCUUUGCACGGACACGCACGCAUCGGACGCAAAAAGGCUCCAAGUGCAUGAAGAUCGAGGCUUGUAUUUUGCAUCUUUGUUGCAAAGCAAGCCGCUGAAGCUCCAGUGCGAGGGCGAUGGAGGGAGGGAGUGAGAAAGAAGGCAAAGUCUUUUGUGCUUCCCCUCCCCCUCAUCAAAGCAAAGGGGAAAUGUCUCAGCCAAAGGGAGGUAAGAGGAAGCCGGUGCUCAAGCUCUCCAAGGAGGUGUUUGAGCAGCCAACUCCUGCCGCAGUACCCCCCAGAGAUUUGGAUUCGAAAGCUUGUGUAACCAUCGGAGAGAAGAAUUUCGAGGUGAAGGCAGAUGACCUGGAGCAGAUCUGCGAGCUCGGCCGAGGAGCGUACGGCGUGGUGGACAAGAUGAGGCACGUGCCCAGUGGCCUGAUCAUGGCCGUCAAGCGGAUUCGAGCCACAGUGAACACUCAGGAGCAGAAGAGGCUGCUCAUGGACCUGGACAUCUCCAUGAGGACAGUGGACUGUUUCUACACAGUCACCUUCUAUGGAGCACUAUUCAGAGAGGGCGACGUCUGGAUCUGCAUGGAGCUGAUGGACACCUCCCUGGAUAAGUUCUACAAGCAGGUGAUCGAGAAGGGCAUGACCAUCCCAGAGGACAUCCUGGGAAAGAUCGCCGUCUCAAUAGUAAAAGCUUUGGAGCAUCUGCACAGCAAUCUGCAAGUCAUACACAGAGAUGUGAAGCCUUCCAACGUGCUCAUCAACACGCAGGGCCAGGUCAAGAUGUGUGACUUCGGCAUCAGCGGCUACCUGGUCGACUCCGUGGCUAAAACCAUGGACGCAGGCUGCAAACCUUACAUGGCGCCGGAGAGGAUCAACCCCGAGACGAACCAGAAAGGCUACAACGUCAAAUCCGACAUUUGGAGUUUAGGAAUCACGAUGAUCGAGCUCGCCAUCCUGCGCUUCCCAUACGACUCAUGGGGUACGCCCUUCCAGCAGCUGAAGCAGGUGGUGGAAGAACCUUCGCCCCAGCUUCCUGCCGACCAGUUCUCUCCAGAGUUUGUGGACUUCACCUCUCAGUGCUUAAAGAAAGUUUCCAAAGAGCGGCCGACUUACACAGAACUCAUGCAACAUCCCUUCUUCACCUCCCAUGAGGCCAAAGAAACCGACGUGGCUAGCUUUGUGAAAGUCAUCUUGGGGGACUGAGUUGCCACACUUGCACAGGAGUGGAGGGAGGAUCUGUCAAAAAGAAAAAGAAAAAAAAUACAACAAACAAAACAAAGCACCAAUCGCAGCCCCUGUUACCUGCAGGACUCCCCUCCACCUCGCCAUAGUCCCACCCCUCCCUCCGCAGACAGACAGACAGAACCAAGGGGAGAAGCUGCCGAAGCAGACCGAGGAGUUGGGCCCAGCCUCCAUGUGGCCUCCAUGUCCUCUGUGCAUUACCUGACAUGGGAGAGGGGGUGGGGGUGCUGGGUGUCUCACUCAUAAUCUGGAAUAAUUUAAGAUGUCUAUAUGCAACUCCCUCUUUGGUUAGAUUUGUCCCACCUCCGUGCAUCACCUAUUACUCAAACGUUGUUAUUAGUCAGCGAGUUGACUGUGUGGCUUGUCGUAACGGUCAAACAAACAAAAGGUUUUUUUUUUUUUCUUCUUUUUGCUGAAAAACAAGUGAAAAGAGGUGCAGAUUAUAUAAAAAAAGAUGAAUGAUAUAAUGCUAUCUAUGUAUAAUCUAAAUGUUUGUAUACUCAAAGCAAGUGUUGCAUUGGUUUAUUAAUUGACUGCAUGUACAGAAUAUAUCUCUGAGUAAAAACGGGCUCAGAUGGCCAGUGAGGAACAGUCGUAGAGUCCGAUGGUUGAAGACCUGGAGAUGUACGGCCUCACUUCAAGGCCCUCCCAGUGGUCACAAAUAGGUACUGCACUUCAACUGCUUUCCCUUGAUUACAACGGAGGUCUACUACACAUUUUGGGCUCUGGCUGCCUGUGAGUGUGCGUAAGUGUGUUUGUAUGUGUGUGAUCUGGUGCAUGACGUGUGUGUGUCCGAAGAGCUGCACGAUUCUGGAUGAAAUGACAAUGGUAACACUUUUUCCUCUGCGGUCUCGUUGCGCCUGUGAGAGCUUGUCAGCUGAAGUGAUGCUCUGUCUUAACUGAGACAGAUUUUGUGUCCAAAUGGCAGAGUAGAUUUGUGACCUUGGUAACUUUUUAUAUUUUGUUGUAGCAUAUCAGGUGGUUGUCCAAACUGUGUCCAGACACUGGUGCACUUAAGCAUAUGCAUGUGCCCAUCGUCGCCCAAAUCUGAAAGAAAAAAAAAGUCCAUCCCCAAAGGGAUGUGAUAAUUUUUUUCUAUAAUCAGAAGUUUUUCUCAGAACUUUGGGUUGGAUACUUUGUGUCCUUAAUUCUGACAAAUCUUUUUAUCAAUUUUGUUUGUGGUUAUUUUUGUUCAAACCAAAAUUUGGACCGAAAUUAAAUUCUUUUCACUGGAAAAAUCUGAACUUGGAACUUAGAACUCAGAAGUCUGACUGUCCACGUGUGCAGGGGUCUGCACAGACUGUUGCCCUGCAGCUUAGUAUUUAUGUUCGCACGUGCAGACAGUUCACUGGUCAAGCAGGUGAACACGUCCACAGGCUUUUGUACAAACAGAUUUUGUGCGUUGCUUUAGAGUUCAACUUUGGUGAACCUACAUCAGCGCUGUCGACAAGUGUCAGAUUUACCUGACCGUGCUGAAUCUUUAAAAGAGUAUCCAGUCUUUGUCGAAAAGGGUUUCAGAUGAUCCAACAAGCACUUUGUUUGAAGUAUACUGACACAUUCGCUUUGCCAUUCUCUCUCGAGCGUUACUGGGUAUUCAGUUUCUGUUUCAUUUUCCUGAGUCAGUCAAGAGGUGUAAUCAAGUCUGGUCACCUUUUGAUGCAACUUUGGGAAAAAUUAGAAGUUUUCUGCAGCGCAAAUCCACAACAUUGUUCAGAGGUACAGGAUGAAAUUGUGAUUUAAAUCCAGUCAAUCGUGCAGCCCAACAUGACACACACAUUUUUAAGUGAGGUGUGUGUGUGUGUUGACAUUGUGGUCAGUUGUGGGAGAAGAUUGCCCAUAUUCUCCUUCUUGUCUGUACUGAGCCAAUCACAACCAUCUCCACUCCUUGUUCAACAUGAAAAGAACUGGAUAUUAUUACUAUUAUUAUUAUUAAUAUUAUAUUAAUUAUUGUUGUUAUUAUUUAGAUCCAGGUUUUUUUCCCCAGACAUAUUUACUGCAGUUUCUCUUAUUUAUUACAACUGCUGUUUUCCCUCUGGAAACUUGACCGAUCCAUUAGAGACUUUUCUUGUGUGUUUGUGUGGGCUUUGUUUGUUUUAGUCGUGUUCUUCUUGGCUCAAACACGUAAAUGCUUUUAAACUGUAACUUGCAAGCCUUCUAUGUGCCUCUCUAUAGAAAAAUGACUAAGGAAAAUAAUAUGUUGUAAUAAGGAUGAUGCAGGGAUCUCUGCCUCUCCCAUCAUGUCACCUUCCUCCCUCUUCACACGCUGCAUGGCAUCGUAAUUCCACUUCCUGUUUGUUUUGAUUACUAUGUGCUUCUUGUUGUAGAUGGAGCUCCGGAUUGUCAGUAUUUUUCUUCUAUAUGUUUGUACUCAUCUUUGUUGUUGCCUUGGUUCUUGGCUUUUUUCUCACGGUUGGUUUCUGAUGGCAGAAAGUGGUGAGCUGCUCGCAGAAGAGCUCGACUGAUGCUUUUAGUUGUUAUGCAAGUACUACUCUAAUGACAAAAUGGGAAACUUGAAAUACUGUAUGUGGCAGGAUGGCAGGGUAUUGUCACUUUUGGAGAAUUUACAUCAUCUUCUUGCCUAUAAAUAUCUUGUUGCUGGGUUAUCACUUGAUGUUAUUCUGCAUUUGUGUCUGUUUUGAGUCCAUUUUUGCUGAGUUUCAGUGGCUUUGUUAGCGCUGAAGUAGUUUGAUUGUUCUUAAAGGCACAAUCUGUGAUGUAAAAGAGGACAAAAAGGGUUGGAAUCUGCUAUGACUCUCAAAUUGAUUGACAUGACACCAUUUUAACCUUUUCCACCCACUGUUUAAACCAUGGGAAGCUACCACUACGUAGAACUUGAACAGUCUGCCAGCAUUAAGACAAAAUAUAAAUAUAAAUAUGUAAAAUGUAUCUAUAAACAGAUUAGUCUUGAGUUUUUACUGUGACCAUUUUCAGAACUGCUUGAUUCUUAAAAUAAUCCAGGUACAAUGCAUGGAAGGCUAUACAGCCAAAGAUAGAUAUGGUGGCAGUUUAACAUUAUAACAAAUCCUUUAAGAUUUUAUAUCCAGGACUAUCACACAGGUUUAAUAUAUUUUUUUUUAAAAAGUGAGCAUUUGUUAUAAAUUCUUCAGGGUGUUAAAUGGUUAAUACAGAGACAAAUACUAGACAACCCCAAAAGGUUAAAGGUGCAUUAAUGAUCUUUUUGGCCACCUGGGGGCAGCAGAACAACCUGUAAACACAACAUCACUUUAUAAAGUUAUGGCAGACAUGUCAGUUGCCUGCUGACAUGUACAUGAGCAUUUGUAGUUUGUAGUCUGGCCAAUUGGUGAAGACCACGUCUAAUUUUAACUCUCUACUAAGUCCUCUAAGUCAUACUUUGUCCAUCUGCUGCUUGUUGCGGGCAGGUAGUGUACAUUGGGUAUACUGUAUUGGAGCAGGUUGAUGAGAGCAGUGACAAUGAACCAAAACAGCACGGUUAAGGCAGGCGCAAAAUCAAAUCGUGAAAACACUUUAUAGAGCUGAAGGAAACCACAAAGUCGGGCGAUAAUUGUUCAUUUAUGUCACACAAGGUCUUUUGAUCAUGGGUUACUAUAAAAAGAUGAAUUAAUGCAGCUUUAAAUGAUUAUAUUCUGCUGAAAUCAGGCUCAAAUUUUCAAUUGGUAUCUUACUGCAAUCAAAAAAACAUUGUUUUUUUUCAUCACUGUCGUCAUCAUUUAAUUUAUUUGUGUCGUUUUUAUACAUUUCUGACAGUGUCGCCCUCCAGUGGUGAUAUCAGAACACACUAAUACACCCUCUCAUCAGGAUUGUCUUAAUUUUCUACAAAAUAAAACUUACACCAUCAGAAAAUUAAGAAAGAUAUAAAGCCCUAAUAAUCCUAAAAUUUAAUAGUUUUGGAAUUUUGUGAUUAGAAAUCUUUUUUAAAUGCCAAAUAUCAAAUACUCUUGGGCUCCAUAGAAAGAUACUAGUCAAAUAAAUAUACCAGAUACAGUAGCUUUUAAGUAUUCAGCUAUUGCGCAAAUACCCCUUCAGUUUUCAUGUUCAGUCACAGAUUGGGCCUUUAACAGACUUAACCAGGUUGUACACUCUAAUGUUCAGUACAUUCAGUAGCAUUCAUAUCUCUUGCGAAAUAAUAUUCUGUCUAUGCUGCUUUACAGCCUUUCAAAACAAAGUCUUUUGUUCUUAGUCCCGUACAGUCUGCUCUGUCAUUUAAACACAUUCACCAGGGAGUUUCCUGUUUUGUAGCAGACAAACAACUUUCCUUUCACCCUUCUCCUCAUAAUCUGUUCCUCGCAGGGCAAAGGUCCCACAACCUUUUGCCUACCCCUCACCAGGUAACUCCUUAAUGUUCCUCGAAGUGUUACUAACAGACAAACUCCUGGCUCAUUAAGCUUCCUUUAAACACCCACCUCCAUCAGUUCCUCUCAUCACAGUUACCAAACCCCAGCCGACUUUGCUGAUAGGCUUACGAGACACAGUGGAUAUGAUUGCGUUUUUACUCCUACAUACACCUCAUUUCCUUUUCUCUUCCUUUGUAGUGCAGGUGAGUCAGAGGGUAGGUGGCAGUCUGUCAGACAAAAAUCACUGCCAGUCAGCGUAAUGAGGACAUUAGGCCUCCCUCAUUAGUACAUUUCUGUGCCAAAGGUGGAAAUAUGUUCAUGAGAAGCACUUAUUGCUCUUAGUGUUUUAUUGCAUGAUGAAAUUAGCAAAACUCAAGUCACGCUUUUUCUCAGCAGAGUGAGAAGGUUGUUUAGGUCUAGUGUGGCCUGUCACAGGUCCAUCCUGAUCGGGUCGUCCACUGCAUGCUGUUUCUCUCUCUCUCUCCCUCUCUCUCUCUCUCUCUGGAAAAGACCCUGGCGAGUCCCUGAGGGUCUCAUGAUGAGUAAUGUACCAGAGUCCUCUUUGUUCACCAGAUAAUCAGCAUCAUUUUCACUAAUUUAGCGAAUGUGACCAAAGAGCCGGAGUAGAAAAGCAAGAGCUCACAUUGAGCCGGGCUCAGGGGACGGGGGAGUCUUUGAGGAGGGGGGGACAGUGUGUGCAGACCUCCAGCUGCUUGAUGAGCGUCUAGGAGAGAACUAGUCCAGACACUCUGACAUCCCACCUGCUGAAAACAAUGAGAUGCUCCCCUAUCAUUCAUCAUCACGUGCAUGGUUUCGUAGCAGCGAUUUAGGUGUGUGUAGUUUUUGUAGGUCUUUUAAGUGCCUAACAAUGCAUUUCUGUGGUGUACAUUUACAUUUAAACACUUCUUCGUUGUUGUGAAUGAUGCUUAAACACUGUUUUUGUCCUUCAGUUCUUCUCUGGGACACACUGACACUGCAUGUUGCUGUGAUGUUUUGCACUGUACUGAGGAGCCAUAUCACACAGUCACAUUAUGAGUGUGUUACUGUAAGCAAGCGGUCAUUUAAUUUAUGAAAGUUCUCAGCCUAUGUGGACAUUGUUUCAGUUUAAGCAGGGAAUUUUGUGGCUUUUUUGAAAGAGCUUAGAGUUAUAAGGUUCUGACUUUUUAUAAAUGAAAUUGUGAUGCUGUAAAUUCUCAAAUAGUUGCUGUUUUGCCUACAGAGGGCACUGCACUUUUAUCUGAGACCCACUAAUUAUACUCUAUAUCUGCUCCUAUUUGUUUAGGUAGUUUGUUGUUGCUGUUCCUGGAUGCUUAAUGCAAACUCAAUCCAUUCUUGUCUCUUUUAGAUUAUAAGCCUUCUUGAGGUUUAGAGCCAGCGUCCCUUAACUUCCCCUGAAAACUUUUAUUUUGAAACAUUUGCUGGAAGUGAAGUAAAGGAGGCCUGUGGAGUGUUUCUCAGCAGAAUGCAGUCUGUGUCUUUGAUGGCGAACAGGCACACUGAGAACAGGCACACUGAGUGCACAUUUGGCUACAUAAACAUUUGCAAACCUUAUAUUUAAUUUUUUUUUAAAGUCAGGUUUACAUCAGCCCACACUCCUCUGCUUCUGUUCUCUUGCUGGUGCAUCGCUGCGUUUCUCUGUGAAUUACCACCAUCAGCUGGCAGUCAAGGCUUAGAUGUGAAGCCUGUGAAGUGUGUAUCGUCUCACAGGAUGCAUAUGUAAGAAAAAUUAGAAACUUGCAGAGACAUUGCUCAGUUGCACAAGCAGUGGUCAAAAAAUCAUGGCCACUAUUGUCCCACAAAGAAAUAAAAUAUAAAUUACCAAAACUGGGAGAGGCAUUUUGCUUUCUUUUUAGUUUCUGUGUAAUUUAUCUGCCAGCAGCUUUCCAAAGUUGCAGUUCAAUUGAUAUUAACCCACAUUUUCUCAUCCCCACUAGUAGAAAAUGAUCAAAUAGAGUGAUUUUUUUGUAAAAGAAGAAAAAGAACCACAGUAAUGAAUAUUAUGAAGCCACACUUUAGAGUUACUGUGCUGAACUUACCAUGAGAGCAAUGUAAGGGUUUCUCUUACCCCUCAACUUAUGCUCGGGGUUUAUUUGAGAAUUUACAGUAUCCACGUUAAUCAUGAUAUUGAAUUCAUUUAUGAUUAUGAAAGUGCAUGUUUUUUUUUAAAGGCAGAGCUUUUCAUCUGUGGAAAAGCCUUUAGCACUACUAACAAGAGUACUGUUUUAUCAAAUGCUCAUUCAAAUAUUUGACGCUUAGUAUGUCAGAGCCGCUCUCAGAAUCUUGUAACUCCACAGUCAAUGUUUAUUUCUCCAAGCAGCACUGACACUUCUGGUCAUAGCUGACUCAUAUUCAAUCUUCAAUAGGCUAUAAUGAGAAAAGAGUCGAGUCCAAUCACGCGUCACAUGGUAUUUUCCUGUGUGUGUGUGUGUGUGUGUGUGUGUGUGUGUGUGUGUGUGUGUUUAUGUGUGUGUGUGUGUCCCAUUUGUCUGUCCCAGUCAGUGUGCUGGCCGGAGGGCAGUGCUAUCUUUACCCUGCUGUUCCUCUCUGGGGAGAUAAUGGAGCGAGUGUCAUCGCUGACACAGAUAAAACAGUCUUCAUCCUCCUCAAAACCUGCAUCAUGAAAAGGCGUUUUUCUCUUUGUUUCAGCUUCUCGUACAUGUCAGACCUUGUGUUUUCUGUGUGAGUGUCUCAUGUAUGUCUGCUUGCACGUGGGAGUUCCCGUCCGUGAAUCUAUUUUGGCUUGCUGUCACCUGCUGAGUAAACCUUGAUCACUGGGGGUCAAUGGGGGCAGGACAUCCGAGUGGAAACUUUCCAUCAUUACUCCCCGCUAACCUCUGAGUUUUUCUGAGUGCCCAACAACAGGCACGUAUUUCUGGAUGAUGCGUUACAUCCAGUAGGCACGUGGCUUUUACUGGAACAAGGCGCCUCUUUUUUAUUUAAGUGUUUGAAGGCCAGAUAGAUUUGUGAUGCUCAGAAAGAAUCAGAGGAAAUUUUGCUCACCUUCUUCCUCAUCCUCAAAAUGUGUCAGCGGAUGAAUCAAAAAUAUCAGUACGCCUGCAUAAGAGGAAUCCUUCCAGCCCUUUACAGAUUGUGUUCUGCCAGAUUUUGCCAGAUUAUAUCGAGUGUAAAUCUGUCGUUCUGUGUGUGAACUGUGCUGAGGUUCUCUUUGUUUUGUUUUUUUUUUAACCCAUCUAUUGCACAACAUUUCUUGCUUCGAGCAUUCUCGAGGUUGAAUACUACGACAUGACUUGUGAACCGUGGAGCUUUCUGUUUCUCUGUUGCAGGUGGUAAACUGCUGGUACACACAGCUGUAUGUGACUUCUGAUGUUGCGGUGUUGUGUUCUUCUAUUCGGGGUGGGGGAGGAUGUGUCGGGGCAGCGCCAGGCUGAUUUUUCAGAAUAAGACGUAUCUAGAGAUGCUACUGUACGUGGAAGAGGGUCUUUCGUUGCUGUCGGGUGGGUUUUCGGGGAGGGUUAUCGCGGCUACAGCUCCUCGCCCCAUGGGAAGUGAAGUUCUCAGUAUAUUUACACGUCUCUAAAGCCUCUGCUAAAGACUGAUGACUGUUCAUUUAGAGCUCAAUGAAUUUCUAUAAAUAUUUUAGAUUGCUCAAACUGAUUGUGUGCAAUUGUAAUGAUGGAAAUUCAAUAAAAAAGAGGUAUUUUUACACAAUAA